CCGGAUAGCUCAGUCGGUAGAGCAUCAGACUUUUAAUCUGAGGGUCCAGGGUUCAAGUCCCUGUUCGGGCGAUAUAAUUUUUCUCCUCACCGAACGCAGCGUAUAUGAAAAUGUGUUAUUUAUACAUGAGCUUUGCGAGGGUGACGCGUCAUCUGAAAUUAGCAACGCAACAUAGCAUGCGAGCUAUAGGUAAGCUUAGCUUCAGUGGAAAGUAAACAGCACUCCACGUAAAUAAACACGACAUCCAAAGCCCAAAAUUGUACGAAAUCUGCGCCAAACAUUAAAACCGUUUCAUUUAAAACUAGUUAUUGAAGUGGAGCUGUUAUUAUACACGGGGAGACCUCACAUUAUGCUACCUUUGGAGAAGUUGUUUAUGAAAGAAUCAAACUAAUUUGGGGAUUAAACUCACUGACAAACAAAUAACAGUAACCCAGUCAUUUACCUGAGAUAAUCACAGGUAUCAUGUCAGGACAGCUACUGGGAACUCCUAUAAAGCUUGGUGUUAGUGCAGGUCAAAUGGCAACGAAGAAGGCAGAUCUGCCUGGCAAAGAUGGAGUGGAUUAUCCUCCUCUGCAUGGUCUCCACUUGUCUCUCAGCUGUGCAUGCUAAGAAUUUUGUGUUGAGCCCAAAAUGGGGUCCUAUUGGCUUUAAAGCACGUCCAGAGCCCGCUGAUGGAACAGCAAUGGAUAAAAUCAUUAAAACAAAUGAGUUCCAAGCUUCCCGAAUCAUAGAUGGCACUACCACUCUCAGAGAGGGAGACAUUGCUGUUUCAUCUGGAAAACCCUCCAAAGUCUGCUUUGCACGGAGCUGCCUCUGGUCGAAAUCGGUGGAUGGACACGUCUAUAUUGCAUAUAAACUCUCAGAUGCCUACUCUGAAAUGGAAGCAAAGCUGAUAAAGAAAGGAAUGGAGAACAUAGAGAAAGGUACCUGUGUGAGGUUUGUCCCUCGGACUCACCAGAGAGACUACAUCGACAUCCAGUCAAAAUUAGGGUGCUGGUCCUACCUUGGUGCGCGCGGUGGAAAACAGACUGUGUCUCUCCAGAGCCCUGACUGCCUCCAGGUUGGAGUGAUUUCCCAUGAAUUCAUGCACGCUCUGGGCUUCGUGCACGAGCAGUCUCGCUUUGACCGGGACAACUAUGUCAAAAUCAUGUGGCCAAACAUUUGGAGAGAUCGACUGAGGAACUUUGAGAAGUUCAGGACUGACAGUCUGGACCUGCCAUAUGACUAUGGCUCAAUCAUGCACUUUGGGAUGUAUGCCUACUCUCAGGAUGGACAGCCAACCAUCGUUCCUAAAGUCAACAAGGACAUAAAGCUGGGCCAGUCAUCAUAUCUCAGCCACAUUGACAAGCUGAAAAUCAAUAAACUUUAUCAAUGUGGUGAUGACGUGGAUGAUAAUAUUCAUUGGCAGGUGUGGAGUUCACUGAGCUGCACUGGAAGGCUGCAGACUGAAGCUGGUAAACCAGUCAGAAACACAACAAUGCAUUCUGCCGUGAUGCUUCUGGGUGUCUUAUUUGGCUUGUUGGCCCAGGCGAGCACGCUACCUGUCAAGAACUCUACUGGUGUAUAUGAGGGGAAGCUGAGGUUAAAAAGGAAAUACUCAGAUGAAGUCCCGGACUAUGAUGAAAUGAAUGCAAUGGACCAAAUCCUGGCAGUCAAUAACAGGAUGCGAGCCCCCAGAGGACUGUCAUUCAGAGAGGGAGAUAUCGCCACUUCAUAUAUACGGAGCGCCAUAAACUGCCCCGGCAAUGCCUGCCUGUGGCCUAAAGCAGUGGAUGGAUUUGUUUAUGUGCCCUUUAUCAUCUCUCCAUUAUAUGACGACAUGGACAGAAUCACGAUAGAAACUGGGAUGGAAGACAUUUCCUCUGGAACGUGCAUUAAAUUCGUUCCACGCACUCAUGAAUCCAGCUUCCUUGAUAUUCAGCCUAGAUAUGGCUGCUGGUCGUUCCUGGGGCAGACUGGAGGAAGCCAGACUCUGUCGCUGCAGACUCCUGGGUGCAUGUGGUCAGGAGUGGCUGCCCACGAGUUCAUGCAUGCCCUCGGCUUUGUGCACGAGCAGUCCCGCUCAGACCGGGACCACUAUGUCACAAUUGUCUGGAAAAACAUCAUGCCAGACCAUAUGCAUAACUUCAGGAAACAGCAGACAAACAAUCUUAACAGCCCAUAUGACUACAACUCUGUCAUGCAUUACGGACGAUACGCCUUCUCAGAAGAUGGUGGUCCAACCAUUAUCCCCAAACCAGAUCCUUACAUUCCCAUUGGCCAGAGAGAUGGACCCAGUGCGCUUGAUCUUCAUAAAAUAAAUGUCCUAUAUAACUGUGGUACCAAUGAGUAACUGGGUUGCUGUCAAGUCCUGCCAGAUGUGGAAAAUAGUUUGUUAUAAGUUGUGGUCUUUAAUAGAUAAUAUGAGCAACAUUAACAUUAAGCUAAGCUAAGCAGUAUCCCUGUGUUCUUUUAGAUUGCGUUCAUUCACCUUUCAGUUCAAUCUACUAAUCGGCCAUAAAAUUGUCAUGAGGUGAAAUAAUCAACCUGCCUGGCUGCAUUUUUUUUUUGUUGAUAUAACUACAAGACCAGACACAAGACUGACCGGUUUUUACCUGCCUGCUGACGCCAUUUAGCUGACCGCAUCCAAUCUCUCCAUGAGGUUGUGCCAUUUUCUGCCUCCCUCUCAGCUUCUGCUCAUUUUAAAUAAAGAAAAUGCAACAGUAA